AAAAAUCUAAACCACACAAUUUUUACUUUGUUAAUCCCGUGUCUCUCAAACUUGAAGAUUGGGAGGAGUAUUUAUUUGUGGACCGAGGGAAUCUAUAUUGACCCGAUCAGCUUGUGAAGUUUCGCCUCCAUCGUUCUUCCCCAGUAAUCUCUACCCUUACGCAGGGAAAAAGUCCCUCAAAAGCUCAUAUAACCUCUCAUCCGCCACCCGAUUCCUCUUCAGGUUUGGCGUUUCCGAGCAUCAUAGCGAGGCGCGUGUGUGUCGAUGCAUAUUUGAGCUUCUUAACGGUUUCUUUUUUUGUACUUCGUAGAAUCUAAUCUGAAAAGUAUGGGAGAGGAAAACCACGGGAUUGCAAAGGAUGUUACUGAAUUGAUUGGCAAAACACCUCUGGUGUACCUGAACAAAAUCGUUGAUGGAUGUGUUGCUCGUGUUGCAGCCAAGCUGGAAAUGAUGGAGCCAUGCUCCAGUGUAAAGGACAGGAUUGGGUAUAGUAUGAUUACAGAUGCAGAGGAGAAGGGUCUUAUUAAACCGGGGGAGAGUGUCCUAAUAGAACCUACAAGUGGUAACACUGGCAUUGGGUUGGCGUUCAUGGCAGCAGCUAAGGGAUACAAACUUAUCAUCACCAUGCCUGCUUCCAUGAGCCUAGAGAGAAGAAUUCUUCUCCGCGGUUUUGGGGCUGAAUUGGUUCUCACUGAUCCUGCUAAGGGCAUGAAAGGUUCCAUUCAAAAGGCUGAAGAAAUACAUGCCAAAACACCCAAUUCUUACAUUCUACAACAGUUUGAAAACCCAGCGAACCCAAAGAUACAUUAUGAAACAACUGGACCUGAAAUCUGGAAAGGAUCAAAUGGUAAAGUUGAUGCAUUCGUCUCUGGGAUUGGUACAGGAGGCACUAUUACUGGUGUGGGCAAGUUCCUUAGGGAGCAGAACCCAAACAUAAAGCUGUACGGAGUUGAACCUGUUGAGAGCCCUGUUCUCAGCGGAGGAAAGCCUGGUCCACACAAGAUCCAGGGAAUUGGUGCCGGUUUUGUCCCCGGUGUCUUGGAUGCCGAUCUUAUCGAUGAAGUAAUUCAAAUCUCGAGUGACGAAGCCAUUGAAACUGCAAAGCAGCUUGCUACAAAAGAGGGAUUGCUAGUGGGAAUAUCAUCAGGUGCCGCUGCUGCUGCUGCAAUUCGAGUUGCAAAGAGGCCUGAGAAUGCCGGAAAACUCAUUGUUGUCAUUUUCCCGAGCUUUGGAGAGCGUUAUCUUUCUUCUGUUCUCUUUGAGUCCGUCAGGCAUGAAGCAGAGAACAUGACAUUUGAGUCAUGAAGGAAUUUCUACAAUGUCACUUGGUCGGCCUACACUUAUUAUCUAUGACAUUUUAUUGAGUUUACAUAUUUUGUACUCUCUAGAGCACGUCCUUACUUAUGUUUACUGCUUGUAUGGAAUGUUUGGAAUAAAAGUUGUGCUUUAUUAUUGGCUGAACAAACAGUAAUUUUGGUAGUAUAAUGUCCUCAGCCGGCUCAGCGUAGUCUACUUACUCAUUAGAGUUGGAUUAUAAAUUUAAAUAGGACACCCGUGUCACAGACUCAUAAUAGACAAGCGGCAAAUUUGGCGUAGAGAUAUCAAUGGAAAAAAAUGCUGCAUCUGAAAAAAUAUAAUGAAAAAGAACAAGUAAAGUAUUUGUGACAAAUAUUUUUUUCAGAAGUGGGUGUGUAAUAUUUGGGUGUUGGCGUGUUGUGGAAAGGCGUUAGGUUGUGUUUGGUAUGCUAUAAUGCAUGGAAUAGAGUAUGUAAUGCAAUAAAUAUUGUAAUGUAACGGAACGUAAUUUCUAUUCAAUUUGGUAACUUAAGUAAUAAUAACUUUGAAAUUUU